AUGGCUCCCACAGAAAGCAAGAAGCGCCUCGCUCUGGCUAUCAUUGAUUUCCUUGGCACCAGCGCGAAAGAUGGCACCCUUACUGCCGACGAUGCCGAGUCGAUUGAAAUCGCCCAGUCCUGUAUCGCCGACACCUUCAAGGUGGAUCCGACCGACGAGGCGGCCGUGAAGGUUGCCGUGGGUGGACAAUCUCUGGCCAGCAUCUACAGCGUCUACGAGAAGCUGCGGAGCAAGUCGUCGCCGCAAGCGGGUGGCGCUGCGCAGUCUCAAGAAGACAAGCCCAAGGCAGGCGCACCUUCGCCAGAAUCCGAUAAGCUGAAGUCCGAAGGAAACGCCCUUAUGGCCCGCAAGGACUACAGCGGCGCCAUCGAUCAGUACACCAAGGCCCUGGAGAUUGCCCCCGCCAACCCCAUUUAUCUUUCCAACCGCGCUGCUGCCUACUCGGCGUCCAGCCAGCACGACAAGGCAGCCGAGGAUGCGGAGCUUGCGGUGUCCGUCGACCCCAAGUACUCCAAGGCAUGGAGUCGCCUCGGCCUCGCUCGUUUCGACAUGGGCGACUACAAUGCCUCGAAGGAAGCUUAUGAGAAGGGUAUUGAGGCAGAGGGCAACGGUGGCAGCGAUGCGAUGAAGCGUGGUCUCGAGACUUCAAAACGCAAGCUCGAAGAAGCCAGCCGUGCCACUGAGCCCCCUUCUGAGGAGCUGGACACUGCCCCCGGGGCAUCCCGCGGUGGCGGUGGUAUGCCCGAUCUUUCGGGCCUGGCUAGCAUGCUUGGCGGCGGCCAGGGUGGCGGCGGCGGUGGCAUGCCCGACCUGGGUUCGAUGAUGAACAACCCCAUGUUCGCCAACAUGGCGCAGAACCUGAUGAGCAACCCGGACAUGCUCAGCAAUCUCAUGAGCAACCCCCGGCUCCGUCAGAUGGCUGAGAACUUUGGCCAGGGUGGCGGCAUGCCUGACAUGUCCAGCCUGAUGAGCGACCCGAACAUUGCGGACAUGGCUCGCAACAUGAUGGGUGGUGCUGGACGAGGAGGCCAAAACUAA